AGUAAAAUUUUUUUCUGAAAAACAAUAAUUAAUAUUUUCUUUUAAUAUUAUAUUAGUACAUUUGAAACAAAUAGAGUUAAAUUACUAAAUGUAUUAAGAAUUUUUUCCAAUAAACAUUUAAAACUCAAAAUUUUCGAGAAAAACAAAGUGAAAUGUUUCGAAUAUAGAAAAAAUUUUGAAUGUAAAGUAAAUAGAACAUAAAUACUCAAUACAAACAUGGAUAACGAUAAUACAUCAGUGCUUGAGGGAGUUUUAAGUAAUUUAUUUGAAACAAUAUCUGACAAAGAUGAAAAAGUUCGCAAUACAGUUGAAUCCUCAUUGGUUAAAAUUGCUGAAAAACGGCCAGAUGACACCUUUACUAUUUUAGCAGAAUAUCGUUGUAAACAUCCUAAAUUAUCUGAUCAAACUGUAGCUGUUCUAUUAAGAGUAAUUGAAAGUGUUAAACUUACAAAAGUUGGGAUAAAAAAUAAAACACUCGAAAAAAUUAUUGAAUUGGCUAUUAAUGAAAUAACUAAAGCUGCUGACAAUUCACCAGCAAUUCAAAGGCCAGCUUUAGAAAUUUUAGUAUCAAUUGGUAGACAAUAUUGUGACAUGGUAAUGGGAGCAUUGAUUUCGCAUACUCCUGAUGGUAGUGUACCUCAUUUUAUGAUAUUAUAUUGUAUGGGAACUUUAGCAACAGCUAAUAUUCAAGGUUCUACACCAUUUUUUAAAAUAAUAUUAGCGAGUAUCAUACCGAAUCUCGGUUCAGUAAAAUUGGAUCAUGUAAAGCAAGCACAUGCAUUUGUGAUUGGUCGAUUUAGUGAAGCUCUUCUAGAUGGAUUAACAAAUGCUAUGGAUAAUCCAUCUAAUGAUACACAAUCAUAUUCGGUGGAAUUUUCUGUAGCUUACGACGUUCUUCUAAAUCAAUGGCUAAAUAGUCGUGAGCCGAAAGUUUGUAGCGAAAUAUUGCAUGCAUUAUCUAGUAUGUAUCCUUUACUACCUUCCGAAAAAAUUCAGGAUCAAGCGAGUAGAUUGAUUCCGAACAUAUUACAUUUAUAUAGAAGAUCAAUUGAUAGAAAUGCGAUAACACAAUUUUUAGCCUCAGUUUUGAAGACAAAUAUUUCAAUGGAUUCAACUUCUUUGGAUACACUUGCAGAUUUAAUAGUUACGCAAUUAUUUGAUUUGGUUUGCGUUUAUCCUGAUUAUGAGAAGCCACAAACUAUAAAAGGUCACUAUGAAGUUUUACGUUGCUUUCAUUUACUUGCACCAAUAUAUUCAUCAAAAAUUAUUGAGAUGCUUUUAAUUCAUCUACGUAGCAAUAGCGAACGCGAAAGAAUAAAAUCAUUACUAGUUGUGACACAUUUAAUAAACUCUAGUGGUGAAUUUAUAGAAAGUAAAAUUUAUUCAUUUGUAGAGUGUUUAAAGCAAAUGAUUCUUGUAGAAAAAUCAAUUAAAAUGAAAAUGACUUUAUUGAAAGUUAUUGUCGCUUUAGCGCAAAAAUCUUUGCUUAAAGAUAAAGAAUUUAUUUGGUUUAUUGUACGUCAUUCGUGUAAAUAUACUAAAAUUAAUAGUGAGCAUGGAAGUGCAGAUGAACACAAGGACUUUAUGCAAACAUGCCAAAAUUCUUUAAAUAUGUUAUCAUCAACAGUUUGUACCGUAGAUAAUAUUCUAAAACGUGAAUUAUUAAGUUACUUUUGUAUGCUGGAUUAUACAGAUAUAGCUAACAUUAUAGUAAAAUGUUUGGCAAAUUUGUUGUCAAAGAGUGUUGAAAUCGAAUUAGAUGUCAAUAAUGAAUCGGGUAGUAGUAGCCCAGGAGAUGAAAACAAUGAAAGUAAAGCUAAAACCGUAGUUCCAAGUCCAGAGGCAAUUUUUGCUCGCUGCAUAACAUUAAUGGGAAAUUUUCGUGAAUCAUCUCGAAUUUCGAACAUACUCAAUUUCUUAAAAUUUUAUUAUUGGCAUUUAAACCCUGAUCUAAAAGAUUUGUGGGAUCAUGAAAUACAAGAGCUACAAUUAAGUAUUGGAAGAGAAAAAUUAGUGUUAGAUACUUUAUACGAUUUUAUAACAAAAAGUGUUGAAUUUUUAAAUGAGAAAGAUCACAAUUUUGCAGAAAGAUUGACUAAUAAGCUUGCAGAUCAAUUUAUUUUAUAUCCAAUUAACACCCCACAUUCAGAUUUCGAAAUUCCACCCUUGCAUAUGGAGCGCGGCAUGUUGAUUAAAGCAAUAGGCUUAUGUCUGUGUCACAUCAAGGAAACCCAAACAAUAGACAGCAAAUUUGAUUUGAUUGUUGUAGCAGCAAAACAAGAAAAAUUGGAUAAACAUAUUUCUCACUCAGAUUAUGAACAUAAGCUUGUGGAUGCCGCGCAAGCUAUCGGUUUUAUGUCAAAAGCCCAUUUGCAAAUAUGUUUGAAAAAAUUAAAUGAAAUGGCACACUUUGGUAAUAAAAAGCAUUCUGUGGGAUUUUUUAGCAAUUUGCAUUUUAUGAAGGAUUCACAUAAGGAAAUUGAAAUGUAUAAAAUGAAUUUGUUAGUUUUUGAAUCAUAUGGAAAAAUAAUUGAAAUCGCAAAUCCAUCUGAAUCAUUAAAGGAUAUUGAUACAACAAUGAUUCCGUUUUUGCUAACGCAUUUGACUGAGACAAAGGACCAAACAAUGAAAAAAGUUAUAUUAAACACGCUACUUAAUAUUACAACACAAUUUUUAAAAAAUUCUGAAUAUGGGUACGAACUUAAAACUAGAAAUGAAAUCGAACAAACAAUCUUGAAUAUUCCAAUUGAAGGAAAUAUGGACAAUCUACUUUUAUUUCCUUUAGUAUUAAAAUUAGGUGCAAAUAUUUUGCGUAUUGAAAAUGAUGAUCCACAUGAAGGGGGUGUAAUGUUUGAGAUUUCAUGUAAAAAUUUCUUUUCAUGUGCCCAAAAUUUAAAAACAAAAUUUGAUUCUAUUGAAGAGGAUGAGAAUAACAGCUAUUUAGCUCAAUAUUUAAACCAAUCUUUACCAGAACUUAACAGCUUGGUCAAAAUAAUGAUAGAAAGUGACCCGUCCCCAGCAUGUUUGGAUUUAGUGAUAUCUAUUUUAGAAGGUUGGGUCAAACAUAAAAAUAGUGAGGUUCGUAUUUGCGCGGGUCACGUUUUGAAUAAUUGUUUGGAUGUUUACAUAAAAUUUAUGAAAAUUGGAUGUGAGCAACCAUCAAAAUUCAAUCAAACCGGGCAAAUGUUAGGGAAAAUAAUACCAAGAUGCAUAGACUCCAAUGCAACUGUAAGGCAAACUUCGGUGGAUAUUUUGCAAAAAACUUUGGAAAUAUCAUGUAUUUACGAAACUUUAACUAUACCAGAUAGUUCGACUGAUUGGGUCAGAGAUAUUGAAAAAAUUCGUGAUACAAUUAUUACAGAUGACCCGAAGGAAAUAUAUUGCCUUGCAGGUGAUAUCGCUAAAAUUGUGGCUUAUAAAAUGUCAAAUUUUCAAUAUUUACAAUUUUGUAAAACUCUAUUAAAUUGCCUUAAUGACCCCGAAACAAGUUCAGCUAUAGGAGCCUCAGUUGUUUUAAAAUUUUUUAUUCAACAAAAGGGUGCAGAACUUUUUCACUGUAUACCAGAUAUGGUUAAGGAUUGUUUAAAUGCAAUCAGAAAUUGUAAUAUAGAGAGGGCUCGUUCAGGUGUACAAAAAGGUCUAGUUGCAUUAACAAAACACCACCCAAAAUUGGUUUGCAAUGAAAUUCUAAACCAACCACUUCCUUUCGAUGAUUGCAUUGUAGAAUAUUGGAAUACGAUAUGCAGUGAGUUGGAGUUGACUGAAAUAAUUUUAGAAAAUUUUUUACAAAUCUUAUCGUCAUCAUGUUUAUAUGAGCAAAAUGAAAACGGUGAAUCUGAUCGGCAAAGAAUAGCAACAAUUCAACCUUUCGCUAUAUUUUGUGCAUUAAAAGAAAUUUUCCCUUCGAAGGAAAUUCAAUCAGGAUUGAAAAAAAUGUUUCCUGAUUUAUUUGCUAUGCUUCUAACUUCUUUGGCAACAUAUAUUAAUCUUGCUCCGCCUUUAAUGUCACCAAAAUCUUCACCAGUCACUGGAAAGACACAAACGAUCAAUAACAAAUCAAGAUUUGGAUUCGUGCCAAAUAAAGAAGCUGUUAAAAUGGUCCCAUGUCAAAUAGUACUAGAUGCUUUCAAGUCAUUUUUAUCGAAUUUGGAAAUGGAACAAAUCGGAACAGUUCUUACAGUGUGUCCGAAUUUAGGUACAAGUACGGAUCUAGGAAACUUCAUUGAACUUUUAACGCCAAUGGCAGUUGGUGUAGUAAAUCAGUUUACCAUGGGAUCUAGUACAAUGCGACAAAUUGUUGUAACUUUAAGUAAAUAUGUUUCGAGUCCUUAUGAUGGCCAGCGUGUUGCUGCAGUUGGUCUUUUUUCACAACUGGUACCAUUAAAACCAUGUGGUGAAAUUUCGUCAGUAAUUAUGUUGCAUUUGUCAUCAGCUUUAUCUGAUCCGAACCCGACCGUACGUGGGUUAUCUAUUCGUGGAUUAGCUUUCGUUGGCAAUCUCACUGAUCAUGAUAUAGAAAAAUAUACAGAAACUGCCAUUACCGCUUUAUUAAAAGGAAUCGAUGACUAUAAUACUGAUUGCCUUAUCAAUAUACCACUAGAAAGUAAACGUGGAUUAUCAAGAAUCUUCCAAACGUUAUCAAGUGAGAGAGUUGAAUCUUUUCAUAUUUCUUUGGCAAUUCGUAUUCGACCAUUUUUUGAAAAUUCUUCAACUGAAAUAAGAGAAGCAGCAAUUCUAUUGUUUGGUGACUUAUGUGAAUCCAAAAUGCUUACACAAAGUGCAAAUGAUUUAACAUCAUCUGAUUCAUCUGAAGCUCUUAAAGAACAAUUAUUUGCAAAUUUAUUUUCCUUAUUAUUACAUCUAAGUGAGACUGAUCCGACAAUAAUAAGAGCCUGUAAAGUUACCCUAAGGAAAGUUUGUUGCUUAAUCAAUGCUCCAAAAGUUAAUGACAUGGCUCAGAAACAUCUUCUCGAUCAUGGACAAUUAAACUAUAACAUUUUUAUUGUGGAUUUUGUUAAGCUUAUUGGAACUGAACUUAAAGAACACAUUCAAGAUUUUAUAGAAUCUUGUAUCCCAUUUUUAAGAAGCCAUUGGAGUGAAAUCCGAGGAAAUGCGACAAUAGUAAUUGGGGUUUUGCAUAACUACCUACCCACACACAAUCAACAUAAUGAGUUAGUUGGUCAUAAGAUAGCUGUUCUUCUUAAAGACGAAAACGUGACAGUACGUCAUAAAGCUGCUGCUGCUUUGGGGUAUUUUUUUGGGAAUUUAUAAAUGACUUAAAUAUAAACAUAUUUUAGGAAACUUAAUUUUGUUGUUAUAUUUGUAAUAUUUAAAUUUUAACUAUCUACAUAAUUAAGAAUAUAAAAAUACCGUCACUGUUUGUAUUGUUAUCAGUUAUCACCAAAAGACUUACUAUUUUCUUUAAAAAAAGCAUAAAUUCACAAUUUUAUAUUUU